GUAUGGUUACGAUCAAGAACCACCCAAGAAAGGUGCCCUUCUAUUUACCAUUCGCUAUCUUCUUUAGUGUUUGGUUUGUAGCUGAGCCUACCUAUCGACUUUUAUACUUGUACGUCUACCCAAUUCUGAAAAGUCCAAAUAUCUGGAAUGGAAUCGACUUGGCUUUGUCUUUUGCUGGACAUGCCUAUUUCCUGUAUUUAACGCGACCGGGCCGUCUUAAUAAACGGUUCCCUUUCCAUCUGCGAGCAGGCAAGGUUUCUUUCCGUGAUAUCGAUGAGAACGUAGAAGAUCUCUAUGCUCCUUCGAAGGACCUCUAUUCAGUUUUCCAAAUUGGAAAGAAAUCGGAUAUCAGAAAUGGAACGACACUGACUAUUCUCGAAGAACCCCAGCACUUCAAAACACCUGUGGUGCCUUUCAACGCACCUUCAGAAGAGUGCCUGGCUGUUCUUCCUCGACCAUCCUCACCGGAGAUACCAAUCGUGUCUGCUACUGUCGACCUAUCGUACCGAACACCCUCACCGGUUAUACCAACGGUAUCUGGUACUCUCCAGAAACAGACACCUGCAACGUCCUCGGUAUUCGUUGACAUGCCUUCUGUUGUGACUAAGCAGUCAUUCAAGAUCACCCCUGCUGGGUCACCAAGCUGUAAGCUACGCAAGAAACAAAUUCAUGAGGAAGACCGGGCAGCAGUUGAAAUAUCCACGGCUUCUGUUCCUAAUGGAGGGUUCUCUAUAUUCUGCGUCCAAAAUCAACCGGACACUGGAACUUCUCCUGUAUCUGAUUCCAUCACAACGGAACACAAGAAGAAAUCACAACCCGACGAAAAGGACACACUGACUUCUCCCAAGAACUCUGUCAUCAAAGUAUCAGAUGACACACAGGAGAACUAUUCGUUGAACAAGGAGCAGUCCAGUGGUAUCAAUAGCUACAGCUUCCAGCCAAGGAUCACAUCAGCAAUCGAAUCCACUGUGUCAUUUUCUCCUAAGACCAUCAAUGGAUCCGGAUCUCAUGUCCAACUGACCAACUGUCCUCUGGAGAGUCUGCAAGCAACAUGCAAACCAUAUCAACAUCAAGAGCCUUUGAAGACCAAGGCCCCUCCAGUAGCUGACUUUAACUUGGACAUGGACACCGAUGAAUCUGGAUAUUAUACGCGCCUAAGUCACAUCAACGGCAUCACUUCUAAAGUUAGGUUGAUUAACUUGCUACCAGCUCAAGAUAACAACUUGCCAAAAAUGACCAAUGACGAUUCUGCAUCCUCUAAUAUGUUGCCUGAGAUCCAAAGCCAGAACAACAUCGGCAUGCGCACUCCAAGUGUGAGAAUCAUUCAAGUAAGACCGGCCGACGACUCUCACUUGCAGAUCGCUACUACCGGGAAAUCUAGUCCUUGUGACCACGCUUUAGGAAAUGAGAGUUCAGCUAAGACAUGCAACACCGUCAGCAACGCACGCUCCAUCGCCGUGAUACCAGUGCACGAGCCCAUGCAAACCGUGGUCAAUGGUGAAUCUGCUGCACGAGUCCAGAACGUCCUUGAUGCAACGAAGGAGGCUGUUGAGGAAAUAAAACAUGUUUCCGCUGAAAUCAUGGUCUACGCGCCAAAGCCUUCUUUUUUGGCAACAAAUGACAUGCUCCCGAUCAAGAACCUCGGACCUCUUGUCGACCCACUUACGUGGCAGUACCCGGUUCCUCCUCCUAAGUUCCAGAACUGGAUCAUCGAGCCACUAGAACAGUCAAAGAGCCAUCUCCUUCACAACGGACAAGGAGAAGAUUCUACGGAAAAUCUUUUUGAUCUGAGCCAUGGACCUCCAACCUGUCCCCAUGAAACGGAUAUUGCUACCAUAUCUGAAGAUCUCACUGUCGUUCCUGCGGCAAAUGGAGGAGAUUUUGCCAAGCCUUCCAAAAAGAUCCGAAAAGAACCUUCAAAGAGACGAUUCCCCAAAACAACCGACCUGGGAAUGACUCUGGAUACCUCUUCUGAUAACCAACAAAUGGCUAUGGAUCUUAAAACAAAGAAGAAGAAGCUCAAACGAUUCCUAAAGCUCGCUCGCAGACACAAGAACAAGCCUGCGAAGGCGGACUAGUAAACUAACAGAUCUCUCCAACCAUACGUCAACGAUUUCAAAGCAAACCGGAUACUUUUGGGCCAU